AUCGAAUGAUUUAUUCAAGUGAAGCAACAAUUAUCUCGACGAUGUCAUCGAUUCGAGGCACUUCUGGCGGAGCUUGGCGAGGCUCAAGUUGAGCAAGUGUCCUUCACUUUCUACCCACCACUUCUCACUCGCCAUCUUGUUGUCGCGCUUCUUGUUGUCCCCAGCCACGUCAAUUGUACAUCUCCCGAGAUCACUGCUGCUGCAUCACUUGACUGUGACCGUUCUCCAUCCUUCUCCAACCUUUGGCUUUCAAUACUCGAAACUCGCUUGAGCUCUAUCCCCUGAAUCACCUACUACCACCACACAACAGCAGCCAUGUCGGACAACGAGCUUGACGCCGAGCUCCUCGCUCUUGCUGGCGACGAUAGCUCCGACGACGAAAGAACAGAUAACAGAGCCGCUCAACGCUCCUCCCCCUUCGAACAUGCUGCCCUAUCGUCAGAACCCGAUCGCUCUCCUCCCCGUCGCGGUCUCGCUCAAAAGCCAAAGUCGCGCUCAUCUGCUGCUGCACCACGAAGAAGAAGAAAGGAUGACUCUGAAGAAGAAGGUGAAGCCUCUCCAGCUUCAUCUCCUCGCUCAUUGGGCUCCGCUGCCAUGGACGAGUCCGACUCGGAAGACGGUGUCGACUUCGAUCAGGCUCCUCCCCUCUACCCCAUUGAGGGCAAGUUCAAGUCAGAGGAAGAUCGCAAAAAUGUCAUGGCCAUGACUGAAAUCGAUCGAGAAGAAACCCUCGCAGACCGUGCCGCAGAAGUUGAGAGAAGAGUUCAGGACUUGCAACUCAAGAAAAUCCUCCAACAACGCAAGAGAGAGCAAGCUGGUGCUGACAAGAAGAAGCGCAAGGCCGCUGCUGCCGAUCUGGACGACGAGGAUCAGCGCAAGAGCAGUCGACCAAAGGUCAAGGCCACCAGCGGACCUCUGGAAGCAUACAAGAGAGAGCGUGAGAUGAAGGGUCAACAACGCAACCGCGAGGACGACCGCAGAAGAGACCGUUCUCCAUCACGGGACCAUGUCGACUCGGACAGAGAUGCAGAUGGCGACAGCGAGGUCGAGUGGGACGAGAAGCCUCGAGCUGCUGCUUCAAGCGAGGAAGCUCCCGCAACAUUGCGCGACUUCGAGCGUGCUCGCAUCGGCCGCACAAACUUUGCCAGAGUCUGCUUCUACCCAACCUUCGACAGUAGCGUUAGAAACUGCUACGCUCGUGUGAGCAUUGGCGUUAAUCGCGACACUGGAGCUCCGCAAUACCGCAUGGCUCAGAUCAAGGGCUUCACCUCAGGCAAGCCCUACCAGAUGGAAGGUCUUAAUGGCAAACCUUUCGUUACAGAUCAAUACGCAGUUGUCGCACACGGCAAGGCCGAGAAAGAAUGGCCCUUUGUCGCCUGCUCCGACUCAAGCUUCACAGAAACCGAAUUCGAACGCUUCAAGGCCGCCCUGUCCACCGAUUCCCUGCGACUGCCCUCUAGAAAAGCGCUGGUAGCCAAGCUCGACGACAUCCACUCCCUCCUCGAAUACCAAUGGACCGACGAAGACAUUCAAAGAAAGAUUAACCGCACAAACGCCCUCCAAUCCAAAUUCGCAAACUACGGCCGCGAAAAGAUUGAGAAGCGUCGCGAGGAAGCCGCUUCUCGUGGCGAUGACACCACAGUCGCCAAAUGCGACGCCGAACUCGCAGCUCUGAGCUCAGGAGGCGGUGCAGCAGCAGCAAAAGCAGCCGCUCAAGCAGGAGGCGCAAACGGAGCAAAAGCAACCGGCAAACUCGCACAACAAGAACGUCUCGCAGCCCUCAACCGCGCAAACCGCAAAGCCAACACCGAAGACAUCCGUAAAGCCCAACUGGCCGAAAAGCGCGUCUUGCAAAAGGCCAGAGAAGAAGCAGCCGCAAAAGCACGUUCUGCAGCCGAAGCCGCAAAGGCAAAGAGCCUCGCUGUGCCUGACGAUUUAUUCGGAGACGUCAGCGAUAUCAGCAGAAGUGGUACCCCUGCCAACGGUGCUGUGAGCGCAGGAAACAGCACACCCAUUGAGAACAAGCUCAAGAAGACUACAUUGGGAGCAUUCAAGAAGAAGCCAAAGGACGAGGAUAUUAUUGCAGACAUGGACUUGGGCAUUGAUAUUGAUAUUUGAAGGAAAAACAAGACAGACGGCAACAAAUGACAUAUGGGGUAUUCAACACGGACUGAAUGGCAACUAAGGCAUUUUUGGGGACAAGUAGUUUAAUUCGUGUCAUCCCUCUCCGACACUUUGAUGAUGAGAGAGGUUUCUUUUGUCUAUAGAUUUGAAUGAGAACGAAGUCAUGAAAGAAGCUCAGAAUAUCUCAACUAUCCAGCC